UGACCACAGCCGCGUUGCUGCGACCAUCGCGACUCUCACGCCUCGGCUUCUAGGACAAUCGUAACUUACUCGUAACUCACUGCCGUGAUUCAUACAGAAAUUUAAACUUCCUUUGAGAUCCCAAAGAUAAUUAUUGUAGUGCUUAAAUAAGAAAGGCGCUACUGUUAAAAAGAAAAUUUUCGGUCUAUUGUUGAGGCUCCUUCCGCCCCCGCAUUGAUCUUGGCAAUGCAAUGACCUCCAAAUCUCGAAAGGAGGUUAGAGGCGAGCCUUGGAGGCUGUGUUUAGAGAACUGAGAUGUCGCUUGAUUUACUUUUUGCCGAUGUUUAAGAAAAGUGGCUGGAUUGAGAGGCGAUGAGUUUAAUUGAAGCUUCUGGCAUUCCAUAAGCGUAGAAAUAAGAUGAUUUUCAAAGUUAUCUUCGUGUUCCAUUUCAUGGCAGUUUUGACUGCUGCUUUUGAUAGUUACAACACCGCUCAUAAGAACCGACAAGUUCCGGCCAGUUUCGAAAGCUUGGCGUUGCUGCUGCGAGAAAUUCGCCGCGAAUUGGGAGAAACGCGCAGAGAGACACAGGAUCUUUUUAAUGCUCUGCAGUAUGAGAUUAAUUAUGAGAUCAGAGAACUGCGAGAAGAGGUGGUGCGGCUCAACAGAGACGGAUACGCAGACAGAGACGUUGAUCAUCACGUCAGGCCGAGAACGGAAGAGCAGAGAGACAGAGAGCCGGUAGAGGACCCUCCGCUGUCCCGAGAUGUCCGUGAAAUUGAACGGAGAAUGAAAAGAGGCUUCAGAAAAAUUACAGAGCAGGGCGAUGAGAUUCGAAAUGAACUUAGAUCUCAAAAAGCAGAAUUAUAUGCAGUGCGCAAUAGCGUCUAUGAUGCCAGGGAAGAAGUUCUACAGAAAAAUAACAUAGUUAUCAGAGGCAUACAGGCGGCCAACGACACUUUUGUGUGCUACAUGCACGCCAUGCGCAAGAAGCUCUACCAAGUUAACAACAACUUGGCUACAGUUGUGCGCGAACAACAAAUGCUUGUGGACAGCCUCCAGCGUCCACACUACAGCACUCCGGAGUCCCUCUUGCCCACCGCCAGCUACGACGAGCCUUUCGAGGACGAAGAAAUUGACCAUCAAGAGCCAUCUUCCUCGGACCGAUUUCUUCCAGGAUGCACAAAAAAUCCCCUUGAAACUCAAGAGACGCUCGAAACUUUCGGUAUCAUUUUUAGCAACGAGACCACAAUGGCUCCUGACCCUUAUUUUCGAGGCGGUCAUGAUAGAGAUCGCGUCUACGGACGACAGCGGGGAUAUCGAGGUCGCGACCGAGACCGAUCUCGAGCGGGCGCGCCGUACGCAGGCCGAGAGAAACCAAGAGCAAAAGGACGGCACCAGGCAAAGCAUGACCAGCAAACAACAGGCUUUGACAGGAUCCGUGCAGGGCUAGAUUCCCUUUUCCCUUCAAAGCCUGAGGAUUGCCAGGAGGAUCCUGAAACUUAUCUCGAAUAUCCUCCCAUGCCUCGUGACUGCCAAGACGUCUUCGAUCUUGGUUUUGUCGAGAGCGGAGUGUACAGGAUCCAACCGACGGGACUCUUGUCACGGGAGGUAAUGUGCGACCAAACGACGCAGGGGGGCGGCUGGACUGUCAUCAUCUCCAGGAAGAAGGUGCCGCGACACAUCAGCUUCAACAGAACCUGGACCGACUACGAAUUGGGUUUCGGUGAGCCCAGCCGCGAAUAUUGGAUUGGACUGGAGCCGCUGCACUUCCUGACGCGUGAGCGGUCGUAUUCACUGCGCGCCGACCUCGAGGAUUGGGAGGGUCGGCAUGCCUGGGCGGCGUACAAUUUUUUCUCGGUUGCAGGACCAGACGAGCGCUACCGGCUGCGGGUGUCCGGCUACACCGGCACGGCGGGUGACAGCAUGCGGCACUCUCACCUGCAGAUGUUCUCAACCGUCGACCGCGAUAACGACCAAGAAAGCUGGGGCAGUUGCGCCCGUGGCCGCGGCGGGGGAGGUUGGUGGUGGGGGCGCUGUUCGUGCACGCAGCCUACGGGACAGUACCGCCGCGGCCGCUACCACGGCGCCGAGAAGGGGGUGACAUGGUGGCACUGGAAGGACUCAAACUAUCCUCUGAAGACCUUAGUGCUCAAGAUCAGACCCGUUUAG